AAGAGCAAGAGAGAUAGAGAGAGAGAGAGAGGGAGAGGGAGAGUGCAAGAGACAGAGAGAGAGAGAGAGCAUAACAGUGCCACUCCAGCAGACUGUCAACCCUGGCCGGUGAGAAAGCAGCAACCCCACACCAAAACAGGGUUACCUGUCUCCCAUUGAAGAGGAUGCCGGCAUGUUGCAUCCAAUCCAAUCCAAGGAAUUGGUGUUGACUUCUGUGUAAAACCACACACCGACAUCAGCCCCCGCCCUGGUGUGAUAUGCUACAACUGCCAUGACACACGCACGCACUCCCUGAGCUCCUCCGCGACACCCUACGGCAGGGGAGGAUGGGAGAUGGGCCCCUGAACGUCAGCGGCCUCUCUCCUCCUCGUCCUGUCCUCUCAUGGAGCACUCGGCCUCGACCAGCGCCUUGUGGAACGCCUCAUGGAGCCCCGGCCAGCUCCACCCCAACGUCUCCAACGUGACCCUCCCCAGCAGGGGUCCCCCGGCCGGGGUGGACCCCAGCCGCGCCUUGGCGCUGGUGGCCAUGCUCCUCAUGGUGGUGCUGGCCGUCGUGGGGAACCUGGCCGUGAUGGCCGUCAUCACCAAGACGCCGCAGCUGCGCAAGUUUGCCUUUGUGUUCCACCUGUGUCUGGUGGACCUGCUGGCCGCGCUGGUGCUGAUGCCCCUGGGCAUGCUGUCGGACGAGGCGCUGUCCGACGAGGCGCUGUGCCGGAGCUACCUCUGCCUGAGCGUGUGUCUGGUGAGCGCCGCCAUCCUCACCAUCUCCGCCAUCAACGUGGAGCGCUACUACUACAUCGUGCACCCCAUGCGCCACGCGGCGAGGAUGACCGCCGGCGUGGUGUCCACGGUGCUGGUGGCCGUCUGGGUCAAAGCCCUCGUCAUGUCGGCGCUGCCGCUGCUGGGCUGGCUGCUCCAGGGGGACCGGAGGGCGGGGGCCCCGGCGGGCCUCGGCUCGGGACACAGGCACUGCUCCCUGCAUUGGGCGGGGGGCGGGACCACGCGGCUGCUGUUCAUGGUCUUCUUCACCUGCAUCUACUUCCUAUGUCCCAUGCUGGUCAUCCUGGUGGUCUACUGCAACAUGUUCAAGAUGGCCCGGGUGGCGGCCAUGCAGCAGGGGCCCCUUCCCACCUGGAUGGACACCCCGCGGCCCCAGCGCUCCGACUCCGUCAGCAGCCACUCCACGCUGGCCGUCAGCCUGGGCGGGGCCGGCGCUCGCAGCACCCCGCACAGGAACUUCAGCGGCGGGAAGGCGGCCGUGGUCCUGGUGGCGGUGGGGGGGCAGUUCCUCUUCUGCUGGCUGCCGUACUUCUCCUUCCACCUGUACUCGGCGCUGGUGUCCAGCUCGCCGGCCUCUCUGGCCCGGCUUGAGGGCGUGGUCACGUGGAUGGGCUAUUUCUGCUUCACCUCCAACCCCUUCUUCUACGGCUGCCUGAACCGACAGAUCCGCCAGGAGCUGGGGCGGCACCUGGCCUGCCUGUUCAAGAGGGCCAGCCUGAGCGAGGCCGAGCAGCUGCCCAGCCGCGAGGCCUCGAUCGAGGAGAACUUCCUGCAGUUCCUCCAGGGCACAGGCUGCAAUCUGGCACACUGCGACGACUCGCAGGGCAGAAGCAGCCCGCAGGAGCCCGCGAGCGAAGGCCCUCCGGACACGGCGACCGAGCAGAAUAUGCCAGCUGACUUCCACAUCCCCGGGCAGAUCCUAGAGGAGACCUCAGAGUUCAUAGAGCGAAAUGCAUCGGAGAAGUGCUGCAAGACUGCGGCUGAUCUGUAGCCUCUGAUGUGCCCGAGACGAGGCCGAAAAUAAAAACUAUAUUUGCCUUUUUUAUUGAACAAAACAAACAUGCCAUUUGUUCAUAUGAUCAUCAGUGCUACUAAAGAUAAAGAGGUAUUCAGCUGACUAUGAAACACUAUGUUCUUUGAAGAAUAAUGGCUGAAGGGGCAACCUAACGAAAACAAAGCUGAUAUUAUUUAUACCAUCUGAUUUUAUUUUAUUUUAUUGCGGACAUUCUGAAUUGUCCCCUUUUAAGAAUAUGUUUUUUACUCGUUAUCACUUGUUUUGCUCAAUAUACUUCCUCAGCAAUUGAGGUGCAGUGCAACGAUGUAGAGUAGAGCAAAUGCUUUGCCUCCAUAAAGACACAUUGAUACGAAGAAGGACAGGUCAAGGUAAGAGUCUGGACGAAAUCUAAAUCAAUUACAGAAGGUUUUCGUAAAUUGGAUGCAAUAAGACUCAAUGCAUAAAAGUAAUCUUCCUUACCAUUUACAACUCAUGACAUAGUAAGAACAAGAAGAGUUGGGCAUAGUUGAGCUUAGUUAUCCUGUUUUCUUACACUGCCAUACUUUGCUGUUUAAAGUAGUUUAGCUUUUGUUUCUUUAAUGUAUCGAAUAGACAUGGUAUAUGACAAUCUUUACUACAGCAUACUUUUAUUUAUUUAACAGACUAAACCCCAGGACAAUCACAUUUUUGAGACUGUAGUUGCUACUCAAAUUAAUUGCCUUUUUAUCAACCGAUGAUCCUUCCGGGUGAAUUUUAAAUUCAGGUUUAAAAUUGCUAUGUUGGGAUGACGCAGAUGUCAUUAGGGUAAAGGUUAACGGACAGUGGUUCGGUAUAUGGGCCUAGACAAAGACAAAAUGAGCUAUUUGGGUGUGCAAUGGAUCAGCAAUUAAUCUAUUUGCAUUAAAAAUGUACUUUUUCCUUGGUUUCAAAGAUGAAUGCACAUUCUUCUAUGUCAAACAGAUGCCACGAGGAAACACUGGAUGUUGAUUAUUUUCUAAUCUCACUCAGUUUCGAAAAAUACAGUGUUGAUAAAAUAAUUUCAUCAGUUGGUGCUCUUAACGGUAUUCGUAAUAAACAGGCUCACAUGCCGAUGUAUUUUUAACCCUUUUUAUCAUGUUUAUCCGAGUGUGGACUGGGGACCUUCAAACACAUAAUCACUUCAUUAUGUGACCGCCAAAGGGGUUAAGCAAUGUCAUUUCAUUAAAGGUUUCAUUAUUACAUAUACAUCAUGUUCCAUAAUGUUGGUUAAAACAGUCUGUGUGUUUGGCUGAAUGGGAUUGUGUGGUUUCCUGACUGGGACCACUCGGUCUCCCCCUGAUGGCAGUGCUGUUUACAGGUAAAUCUUGUUCACCGCCGCACCCAGGGUGGUACGUGAGUGUGCCAGUGUGUUUUGCCAUAAACAAGGGCAGCCUGUUGUGGCUACAAAGCACACAGGCAAGACAAUGCUUACACAUGGCAACGUUUACCUUUGGCCUGAUUGAGCCACAAAUGGGGGACAUCACUGAUACUUUCCUCUCAGGUGGAUUUCCAUCGCCUAGCUCCCUUUAAGCCCACACUGGUAAAU